AUGGCAGCAGCAAAUCUUACCUUCAUACCUGAUUUGGAUGUAACCAGGGAUGACUUGACGUUCAAGCUUCGUGUCAUAAACCUUUGGGAUCAAAUGUGUUUCUACAAAAAAAAUGAAAUUUGGUCAAUUGAAAUGAUCUUAAUGGAUGAAAAAGGGAACAAAAUCCAAGCAACAGUUUCGAAAAGAAACAUAUAUCGAUUCAAAAAUAUAGUAAAGGAAGGCAUGCCAUUUUACAUCAAAGGUCCAGACUUUGCAGCACUGAAGAUAGAUACUUUUAAGUUAACUCCUCAAGAUCAGAAACUCACAUUCGUCCCACAAACUGUUGUUAUAAAGUGUAACGAUUUUUCUGGACAUGAGUUUGGGUUUUCAUUUGUUGAUUAUCAAAACAUUUUAUCGUUCGCCCAUCCUCAAGAUAAAUCUGUUGAUGUUAUGGGUUUAGUUGUCGCAGUUGCUGAGAUACAACGACAUGAUCCAGAUAAAUCAAAACACAAGCUCAACAUCAACAUCCAAGAUGCAAAAGGCUUGCAACUUCAUUUCUAUUUGUGGGGCGAUUAUGCGUACAAGAUGCAAGAGUAUAUACAUAACAAUCCACAUAAUCGUCGUAUCGUUGUUAUUCUUCAAUUUGGUCAGAUUAAUGUUUUCAGAGAUCGUCGAAGUGUAAACACAUACUUUACCUCUUCAAAGUUGUUCAUUAACUCUCACAUAGAUGAAAUUAUUCGUUUCAACAAAAGUUUGGAUGGAGAUGAUGUUCCAGAUUCAUCUACAAAUACAUUUUCAGUUAUUCCAUCCAAACAACUUUCUGAAUAUGAUGAUUUCAUGAUAAAAAAUAAGUUGAAUGCUAUCUCUGAGGUUUGGGAACCUGUUGAGAAAUGUAGUUUCGUUAUAGUGGGCACUAUAAAGGGAAUUUUACAGAAUAAAACAUGGUAUUAUAAAGCAUGUACCAACUGUUUUGGGAAAGCAGUUCCAUUUAAUGGAAGUGAUGAUCAACAAACCAAAUCUUAUGUAUGUCAUAAUGGAGAUUGCACAAAAGAUACCACUUCCGUUGUUCCAAGGUUCAUGAUUCCUAUACGUGUGCAAGAUAAUACUGGAACUCUAACCCUAACCAUGUUUGAGAGAGAUGGAAAGUAUCUGUUGAAGCAAUCACCAAAAGAGUUGGUUAAAAAAACUAUCGAGACACUAAUCAAAUCACAAGACCUGUGGGAGUUUGUAGAAAAUGGGUGUCCCACUGAAGAUGAUGAAGCACUGAUGAAAGAAAACAAGAGAAAGGAUGCCAAGGCACUGUCCAUUAUCCAGCAAGCAGUUCAUGAUACGAUGUUUUCAAAAAUCACAGCAUCAAGCACCGCACAAGAGGCAUGGGAGGUGUUACGUGAAGAAUUUCAUGGCGACUCAAAGGUAGCUGUUGUAAGGCGUCAGUCUCUCAGGAGAGAAUUUGAAAACCUAGCAAUGAAAGAUGAAGAGCUGUUGUUGAUUUCAUGUAAAGAAGUAUGGACUAUGUGA